UGAAUUCAAGAGAGAUGUCGCCACUCGUAAACUCUCAUUAUAGGAGUCGGAUACCAAAAUGUCAGACAUCGACAAAUGGAUAGAAAUUGCAAAAGAGUGCAAAUAUCUGCCAGAAAAUGAUCUCAAGAAACUCUGUGACAUUGUGUCCGAUUUACUGCUGGAGGAGUCCAAUAUUCAACCGGUGUCGACUCCUGUUACGGUCUGUGGCGACAUUCAUGGCCAGUUCUACGAUCUAGAAGAAUUAUUUCGCAGUGGAGGUCCUGUGCCCGACACGAAUUACAUAUUUAUGGGCGACUUUGUUGAUCGGGGGUACUAUAGCUUAGAGACAUUUACCCGGUUGCUAACACUCAAGGCAAAGUGGUCAGACAGAAUAACACUGUUGCGAGGAAAUCACGAGUCGAGGCAAAUAACUCAAGUUUACGGAUUUUACGACGAGUGCGAGAUGAAAUACGGUAAUGGAAAUCCUUGGAAAUACUGCUGCAGGGUGUUUGAUUUACUUACAAUAGCUGCCUUAAUUGAUGAACAAGUUUUAUGUGUCCACGGUGGUUUGUCCCCGGCGAUAAGAACCCUAGAUCAAAUAAGAACAAUCGAGAGGAAUCAGGAAAUACCACACAAGGGUGCAUUCUGCGAUUUACUCUGGUCUGAUCCAGAGGAUGUGGACUCGUGGUCGGUCAGUCCUAGAGGUGCCGGUUGGCUCUUUGGAGCUACGGUUACACACAAAUUCAUGGAAAUUAAUGACCUAAAUCUUAUAUGUAGAGCUCAUCAAUUAGUGCACGAAGGCUAUAAAUACAUGUUCGAUGAUAAACUAGUAACCGUAUGGUCGGCCCCAAACUACUGCUACAGAUGUGGUAACGUAGCUAGCAUACUUCAAUUUAAAACAGUGGAUGAGAGAAAUACACUUUUAUUUCAAGCAGUACCGGACGCAGAGCGCGUUAUUCCAUCGUUAACAAUCACCCCAUAUUUCUUGUGAUCAGACACAGUAUAUCGUCUGUUUAAGUGCAGAGAAUGAAAGUACAACUGAAUUCACACGAAUAUUUUUCGAUUAAAGCCAGGCAAGUGGUAAAUUCGUUCAGUUAUCGAGGAAAUAUCUCCGGAACUAUUGGAGAUAGAAAAAUUGUCAUUAAAAUUUUUUUGUAGCCCUAGAAGUACCCAAAAAAAGAUUUAAACGAUUAUUCAUAUAUCUCCAACAAAUUCCGAGAUUUUCACGAAAAACUGAUCGAGAAAAAAUCGUUGUGCCACUGGAUAAAGAGGAAAAAAAUAUCUGGAAACCAAUCGGAAAAUACUGACAUGACGUGAGGGAACAUUAAAUACCAAAAAGUGGAAGAACAUUGUGUGAACAAUUCACUUCAAUUAUUAUAUUUUUAGUAUCUAAAUUACGAAGACAAAAUUUCAUGCAGAAUUCAUUUUAAAUUUAUUUUUAAUACAAUUUUUAAAUUUCUGAGGAAAAUCGUCAUUGAUUUCAUUGUAUUGUAUUUUGUGUAAUUACGUCAGUCGUUAGUGAAUUUAUUUGUGAAUUGUUUAAUGAAUCAUUGGAGGUUCAAGCGAGUUUUUAUGGGAUUUGUUGCAAAGGAGAGGUUUUAACCAGAGUACAAGGCGCGAAGAUUAUGAUAAGAUCCAAGAGAAAAAGUGCUUGGAGGAGAUAAGCUGAGAAUACAAUGGUUGGAAAUCACUUUAAAGUAUUUGGAACACAUUAUUUGGGAGACUAUAUAAUUAACAAGUAAAUUUUUCAUGUGUUCUUAUUAAAUUACAAUUUUCUUACGAGAAUUUUCUUUGACAUUUUGUACAGGACGGUUUCAUUAAUAAGAUGAUUACCUGAUUAAGUGAUAGUUAAUUUUAAUUGGUCAUUUUAAAUUUAAAUAAAUAAAUAAAUGAUUUUUUCCCCAAAACUCAUGUGUUCUAAGAAAAUCAUUGGAAUGUUGUGGUUAAAAUUUUCAACUCCUCUUCUUCAACCACAUAGAUUAUAAAUAAUUGUGACAUUCCGACGGGUCCAGACUCUAGGAACAUCGAAAUCUUCAACUCAAUGUUCUUCUAAGGUUAUCUAAAAACGGAUAAAAUGGGUUUUGCAUUUUUGUUGGUCUUCCUGGGAAUCAAUGUUCUAGUAUUUUAGAAGCCAACGAAAAUUAGUUAGCAAUUUUACAUUCAGAAUCCAUCAAGCCAUUAUAAAUCAUAUUUAUCUUGCGGUAUCAAUCAAGCUUUCCUGCUUAAAAUUGCUCAGUAAUUUUCACUCUAAGAAUUGUCGAGUAUUUAUUAAUUUUAUUUUUUUAAUUAGUAUCUGUUACUUCACCCAGUUACACCCAUUUUAGAAUAAUAUAAUUGAUUAUACAUUUAUAUGGCGAUAACUUAUGGAUUUAAAAGAAAAUAAAUUGAACAACGGAAAAUUUAUUGAUUUAAAUUGAACCGAACUAAUGUGGCAUUGGCAACUGCUAUCAUUAUUAAAUUAUAUUCAUUGGUAUACUCCUAAAUGUGAUAUGAACGUAUUUACAAUAUGAAAAGAGUGAAAUAUCAUAACGAAAGACUUUAGCCCAGAAGGCGAGGAGGAAAUUGCGAAAAAAUUGAUAAAAUUGAUAAAAAUUAAGUUUAAUUAGUCCUUUCCAUUAAAUUAUUGUCAUCCUUGGAGCAGUGCCUUUACGAGCCUACAUAACGCGGUCUGGAAACAAAAUAAAGAAAAAAAACACGAAAGAGAAAGAAAAAAGCAAUAAAAAAGUAGAAUUGAAGAAAAAAUAUUUCAAUUUCUGUAAUUUUUCAUCCAAAAAUGUCUUUAAAUUUCACUAGUUACAAGCGGAUCACGAAAUA